CUUAUCAGUUCAUACAUUUUUCAUAGGUAGCGAAUAAAUGACGACGAAAUUUACCUCAUUUUUGUUAUGGAAUUUUCGAUGGAAUAGUCGAUUUAUUAUGCUUUUAAUUGUUUAAGUGAACGCAGCACGGUAACAAGACAAGAGGGAAUUUGCAAUAUCCUGCCCAGGAAAAACGUGCUGUGAAGUUUUAAGCUCCACAAACCAGAUCAUUACUCUGCAAUGCUUACCAAAAUAUUCCUAUGCCCAGCCGAUAAAAAAUACGGCUGCACCUGGGAAGGCUCCUCGAACGACAUUUACGAACAUUUCAGUGAAGAACAUGAAGAAUUACUAUUUUUUUCCGGAUCUGUUAACAUACCUUUAGACGUAGCAUCCGAAAACCGCCUGUUACUAUUCGACACGGAAAUAUAUUUAUUACAAACCAAAAUCAAUGGGGAACAUCUCAACAUUUAUUUGAGAUAUUUAGGACCAGCAUUAAUUGCUUCGAAUUUAACUUACGACAUUGAUCUGACAGCUAAUGGAGUUAAAUUGGAGAAACCAUAUGUUAUUGAAGAAGACGGUUGUUUUAGUGUUUCGUUGAAGUGUAUAGAAGCCCAUUUUGGAGAGGUCAAUGCAAUUAAUUGCCAAUUAUCAGUGAGUGGCGACUUCACUGCUCAAAGCCCUGAUGUGGAUGAUGUUUUUGAAGACCCGCCAAAAAAAAAUGAAGAAUUUGCAACAGAAAACAUUGAAUUAAUGAAACAUUUAUCUCCAAGUCUUCAAAAUUUAUCAACAAGUGAAAACAAAUUAAUGAAGUAUGUAUCACCAAGUCUUCAAAACUUAUCAACUGUUGAACUUAGAGAAAAACCUGAUAGCUCUAAUGAGGCAAAUAGAGCAACUUGGUACGGAAUGGACAGUUAUUUACCAAAACAACCUGCUAGCUUACUAAAUCGAUCACAUACAUUUAGCUCUGAAGAUAUUCGAAGAAAUAGUGCUCUAAGGCGUCACUCAAGCAUGCGAAGCCUUGGUUCAAUUGCUGAAACCGAUUUAGAUUUCGAACUGAAAUGUUGCAAUUGCGAUUCGCACUUAUCCGCACCAAUAUUCUUGUGUGCUAACAGUCACAACAUUUGUCCAACUUGUUAUGCCGAUUGCGAAAGUUGUAUAAUUUGCGAUAAAGAAAUCACCGGACAAAGAAACGAAGAACUCGAAACCAAAGCCAUCGAUCACGUGUACACUUGUACAAAUCAGAGAAACGGUUGUCACAAGAAGUUACCAUAUGAUGAAAUCGAAGAACAUGAGCUCAAUUGUACUUUUUGUCAGUUUUUGUGCCCGAUGGAAGAGUGCGGAUUCAACAGUAGUUACAGAAACAUGGUGGCCCAUCUGAACUUGAUACACAGCAGCGUCAAAAUGUUCCAAUCAUUUAUAGCCGUAUUCCAAAAACACCAAGAAUUAUUUCUGGCCAACGAAACCAUGGGGAUUUUCUAUUGCAAUUGGAAACAAAUCGACAGUAAAAUUUUGUGGAGGGCAAAGUAUUGCGGGCCGAAAGGCAGGAAGUUUUUUUGCGAAUUGAAGUUCAAGGGCAAAACUUUUAAAAGGCCUUUGUUGCUGACGAAAAACGACGAGUGCUAUUUCAAGGAAAUGGAACUUGCUGAACUUAAAGAGCAAAAAGUUAAGGCUAAGAAUUCGAUUUUGACUGUAACUCGAUAAUGACUGUCAGGUGAUAUUAGUU